AUGUUCACAAUGAAUGGGCGUGUUGAUUUGCAUGAAUUAGAGACUCUCGGCGAUUUAAAAGAUGAACUUAAACAGCAAUUGGAAGCAGCAAAGCUCUUAGAACCAGGUACUUAUAAAACAUUGGCCUACAUUGACCUACAAGACGUGCUCAAGCAACACGAGAAUGGAAAUGACGCAAAUUUAACUAACGGAACAGUAUAA